ACCUUUUAAUUGUCGCGCGCUUGGAUACCAAAAUGGCGUAACGUGAACGAACACAUCCAGAAAUUUCUACCAGCUUUUUUUUGUGUCUUCUCUCCAGAAAUCGCAGUUUGAAGUAUUAAAUAAAUUAAACCGAAAAGAUGGGGCGAAGCAGGAGCAGAUCUCCUCCACGACGAGAGAGGCGCCGCUCGCGCUCGUCCUCACGCGACCGCGAGCGCAGGCGCAGGGAGAGGGAGCGCGAGAGGGAACGCUCGCGAUCCCGGGACCGCGAACGGAGAAGGUCGCGCUCGCGCUCUCCUCACAGGCGGCGGUCCAGGUCUCCACGGCGACACCGCUCAUCCUCGCUGUCGCCUCUUCGGCAGAAGGACAGACGAGAGGAAGAUCGUAAGGAGUCGAAGGAGAAACCUGCGAAGGUCCAUCAGAUAUCAGCGGAGGACAUGCAGGGAAAAACAGAGGAGGAGAUUGAGAUGAUGAAGCUGAUGGGCUUCUCCACUUUUGACACCACAAAGGGCAGGAAGGUGGAUGGCUCUGUGAACGCUCACGCCAUCAACGUCACCCAGAAGAGGAAAUACAGGCAAUACAUGAACAGGAAAGGUGGAUUUAACAGACCUCUGGAUUUCAUCGCUUGAUGGAGGAACUUUUUUCAUGCUGCGUGUGUUUUUAUGCAUUCGUUACGUGUAUAUUUGAAUUUUUGUUCAUUUGUAAUGUUAGAACUACAUGCCUCAUUAUGUUUAAUGUAUAUUAUAUAUCAUAGCAUACACAUCCUGAAUUCCAAUAAAAUUUGAGUUUGA